CAACCCAUCCCUCCUCUAAUCACAAGCUUCUUUUCUGCCACUUAGUCUAUGCACUAUAUGAUAAAUCCUCAAUCUGUAUAAACAGAAGGUGAUUGUCAAUUGAAGACUUAACCUUGCUAGGGAGAAAAGGUAUCUUUAUAGAAUCGGGCGAAUGAAUGUGUUGCGUGGAAGGUUGAAUCUGAACAUCGCAAGAGUUCCAGGUCCACUGAGUCACUGCUCGAGAAUAUUCUACGAUUCCGAGAGGACGCGACUUUCUUUGUUCGACUCGCGCACCACCUCGAUAAGUUUUUACAACACAACUUUGUAUCGCAAAUUUUCUGGGACGUCAAGAAUUAUGGCGAGCUCUCAAGAUACUAGUAAAUGGACGGCCCCGGUGGUUAGGAAAGAAUUUUUGAACUUUUUCGAGAAGCAUGCUCAUUCUGUUGGUAAGUGGCGGGGUAAUUCUUCAUGAUGAAGGGGUUUCAUAAGGGUACUUCAACUAUGGAUUACCUCCAUGAAUCGGACAAAACUCCUUCUGUAGCUUUGGCACUCCUCUCUCGGAGCUCGACUAGUCUAUUGAAGCUGUAUAUCUAACAAAAAUCAGUGCCAUCGUCCUCUGUGGUCCCUCACAAUGACCCCACUCUCCUCUUUACCAAUGCUGGUAUGAACCAGUUCAAGCCGAUUUUCCUCGGCACGGUGGGAAAGACUGAUGAUAUGGCACAACUGAAGAGAGCAGUGGAUACACAAAAGGUGAUGAUUGGGUUGCUGCUGCUAUCAUGGAUAUACGCUAACGGAGUUGUAGUGUAUUCGUGCUGGAGGAAAACACAACGUGAGACUUGCUACAUGACUUUCAUCGGGAAGUAUAUAAUCUGAUUGUUUAUAGGAUCUCGAUGAUGUCGGGAAGGAUAGUUACCAUCAUGUAAGUUAAAUCUUAUACGCCAUAUUUGAACAGUUCUAACAUUUGAGUCAUAGACCUUCUUUGAGAUGUUGGGGAACUGGUCGUUUGGCGAUUACUUCAAGUCAGAUGCUAUUGCGAUGGCAUGGGAGUUACUCACAAAGGUUUACGGCUUAGAUCCAGAUCGAUUAUACGUCACAUAUUUUGAAGGCGAUUCGGAGAAUAAGGUACCAGCGGAUACAGAGGCUAAGGAGUUAUGGCUGAAGGCUGGAGUUAAGGAGGACCAUAUCCUGACAGGAAACAUGAAGGAUAACUUCUGGGAGAUGGGGGAGACGGGACCUUGUGGACCUUGUAGUGAAAUCCAUUACGACAGAAUAGGAGGAGGGCGCAAUGCUGCUCAUCUUGUCAAUCAGGAUGACCCUAACGUGUUGGAAAUUUGGAAUAUCGUCUUUAUCCAAUUCGACCGACAGAAGGAUAGAUCGCUGAAGACUCUACCAGCCAAACAUAUUGAUACUGGUAUGGGUUAUGAACGUUUGGUAUCGGUAUUGCAGGACAAAUCGUCAAAUUAUGACACAGAUGUUUUCUCACCAUUAUUCGCCAAGAUUCAAGAAGUUACGCAGGCCAGGCCAUAUACCGAUAAGUAUGGCAAGGACGAUACCGACGGGAUCGAUACCGCUUAUCGUGUUAUUGCUGAUCAUAUUCGUUUACUUACUUUCGCUAUUUCCGAUGGAGGUGUUCCCAACAACGAAGGACGGGGCUAUGUUGUUCGACGUGUUUUGAGAAGAGGAUCUCGCUAUGCUCGAAAAUACUUCAACGCCGAGAUUGGUAGCUUCUUCUCCAAGAUCCUACCAGCUCUUGUUGAACAAAUGGGCGAGCAAUUUCCUGAGAUAGUCAAAAAGCAACAAGAUGUCAAGGAAAUUCUUGAUGAAGAGGAAGAGGCUUUUGCUAGAACUUUGGAUCGUGGUGAGAAGAUGUUCGAGAAAUACGCCGCGCAAGCCAUCAAGACGAAUACCAAAAAACUUUCAGGUGCAGAUGUAUGGCGAUUAUACGACACUUUUGGUUUUCCAGAAGAUUUGACCAAAAUCAUGGCUGAGGAGAGAGGCCUUGAGACAGAUGAAGGGGAGAUCGAGAUCGCCAAAGAGAAGGCGCGUGAGGCUAGUAAAUCCGUCAAGGAGGCUGCCCAUACUUUCGCGAAAUUAGAUGUACAUCAAAUUGCCGAGCUUGACAACAUAGGUAUUGCUCGAACCAAUGAUGACGCCAAAUUUUCAAAGGGCGAUUCAACAGGCAAGAUCCAACUCAUUUACGAUGGCAAGAGCUUCCUCAAGAGCACGGCAGAUUUGCCAAGUGAUAAGCCAUUUGGCAUUCUCCUAGAUAAGACUAACUUCUACGCUGAACAAGGUGGUCAAGUUUUCGACACCGGCAAAAUCAUAAUUGAUGGUGUUGCGGAAUUCAAGGUUCUUGAUACUCAAGCAUAUGGUGGAUAUAUUGUCCAUAAUGGUUACAUGGACUAUGGAAACUUCAGGGCUGGAGAUGAGGUCAUUUGCGAAUACGACGAAUUAAGAAGACAACCUAUCCGGAACAACCAUACUGGUACACACAUUCUCAAUCAUGCACUGAGGGAGCAUUUAGGCGAAGAUAUCAACCAAAAGGGAUCACUUGUCGACCAAGAGAAAUUACGAUUUGAUUUCUCGCACAAGGCUCAAGUCACCCUACCUGAACUCAAGAAGAUCGAGGAUUCUUCUAAUUCUUACAUCAAACAAAACUGCAAGAUUUACUCGAAAGAUGUUGACCUUGACACUGCAAAGGCUAUUGAGGGUGUACGUGCUGUCUUCGGCGAAACAUACCCAAAUCCCGUUCGAGUGGUGUCGGUUGGUGUCGAGGUUGACGUUCUACUCGCCGAGCCAAAGAACCCAGAAUGGCGGAAAGUCAGUGUGGAAUUCUGUGGUGGAACCCAUGUCGAUCAGACUGGCAUUAUUAAGGACCUCGUUAUUGUCGAGGAGAGUGGCAUUGCCAAGGGAAUUCGAAGAAUCAUCGCCUAUACUGGUGAUGCCGCGCAUGAGGUACAGAGAGUCGCCUCAGAAUUCGACAAACGUAUUGCUGCUUUAGAUGCUAUGCCUCACGCCGUAGAGAAGGAACAGGAGGUCAAAGCAACGCAAAAUGACUUGAACCACCUUACUAUUUCAGUACUGGCUAAGGAGGAUUUAAAGAAGAAAUUUGCCAAGGUUCAAAAAGAUGUUCUUGAUGAGCAAAAAAAGAAGCAGAAGGCCGAAUCUAAGACUGCUUUGGAUACUGUCACUGCUCACUUUGCUAAUCCAAAAAACAAGGACAGCAUCGCGUAUAUUGCACAAUUACCAAUCUCUGCAAACUCCAAAGCCAUUACUGAUGUGAUGAAUCAUUUCAAGUCCAAAGCAAAGGAGAAGACAGUUUAUCUCUUUGGAGGUAGUGCUAGUGAGGGUGCUGUCGUGCACGGAGUUUACGUCGGUACAGUAAGUGCAACUAUUUCCUCCAUACUUUGAAUAUGUCGACUAACGCUAUAUAGGAUGCUUCUUCUAAGGGCGUGAGUGCGGAGCAAUGGGCGGCAGCAGUUUCGGAGGUCAUAGGAGGUCGAUCUGGUGGCAAGGAGCCAACUCGCACUGGUCAAGGAACCAAUGCGGAUAAGAUCGAUGAUGCUGUUGCUGUUGCCGAGAAAUGGUUUUCAGAGAAAUUGAAGCUUUGAGGAGUUAUACCCUAGUCUAAAGGAAUUUCCUCACAGCGGAAGAAGAUACCUUUGCAAAGUUUAGACGUUGGUUCUUAGGACGAAAGUCGCACUUGCAGCAACUACUUAUAUCAGAUCAAUAUUGUAUUUUGAGCAUCAAUUUCGAUUAGUUGAUCAAUAAGAAGAUGCCUAUGGGCCGCUGUAUUUGAGUCCAGCUUAUGGCAAGUGUGCUGACGUUAAUUUGUAUCGGCUUUAUCAACAAAGUUUGCGUUGAUGGUGUCAAGUGUUGUUUUCUCAUACAUACCGAGGAUACUUUAUACGAAGUGAGAUUCGUAGUCCGACUUUGUCACAAUCUACUCAAGUAUGUUAUUACAAUUACCAAUUUUGAA